AGCGAGGGAGGCUCUCUAUUUCUCUUUCCGUGUGUCUUUCUGCCCCUAUUUUCUCUAUCAAUCUAUCCAUCUAUCCGUCCGUCUAUCUACCCACCUUUAAUUCGUCCGUCGUCCACCUUCUCUUCGUUCUAUCUCCUCCUAACCUCUUUUUUCCUCGUCGAUUUCUCUCUCUCUCUCUCUCUCUCUUUCUUUCUCUUUCUCUCUUUCUAUCUAUCUCUCUGUCUCUCUCUUCUUCUCUUUCUCUCUUUCUAUCCGUUCUCUCCCAGUUUCGAAGAAGAAGAAGAAGAGGACGAGGUGCGAGCGAACGAACGUCAAGAAAGCAACAAAAGUCCGCGUUACGUUCGGCGUUGGUUAUUAUUCGUCCAUAUUAUUCAUCGGGAUUAGUGCCGACACCGACGUAUUAGAUGAUAUAUUAUUCCUUCUAGCUUGGUGCUUUUUUUUUUUUUUUCUUCUUGGUGCUUCUUCCAAACGCGCGAACGGUGAGAGAAAAAAAGAAAUGAGAUAAGAAAGGAAGAGAAAAGAAUAAGGGAAAGCAAGGACGGAAGAAAAAAAGAAAGGAAGGAAAGGAAAAGAAGAGAAUAAAGUCAGUGGCUCCUAGACGAAGAGGAAAAGAAAUAUUUUUCUUCGGAUCCCGGUCGGUGUGAUAUCCCGAAGUCAUACUUUGGAGAAGAUAUCUCGUCGCAAUAUACGAGACGAUAACAAUAAUCCGGACUUCGCUUCGCUGCAAGAACAGCAGAAUCCGGAGUCCGAGCAUAAGGGAGGAGCCUCUGGAGCGCGCCGAAUAAAUGACUAGACUCGACACGAGACACGCGUUGGCUUGAAACCGGCUUGAAGGACACCACCAGCGGCUUUUUGAGACACGUAUACAUACAGUACAUGCCACUACAUCGACAGCAGCAGCAGCAGCAGCAGCAGCAGUAGUAGCAACAGCAGCAGCAGCAGCAGCAGCAGUAGCAGCAGCACCAGCAGCAGCACAACAGCAGUGGCAUCAACAGUACCACCAUCAGCAGCAGCAGAAGCAGCAGCAGUAUCGCCAAUAGCAGACUGUAUAAAAAGCAACGAUCGCGCCUAUAGAACAACGACACAUCGACAACAUCGACAAGAAAAAAACAACAACGACAACAACAACCAUCAUCGUUGUCGUCGUCUUCGUCGACGUUUAGAGAGCUUCGAAGGCUUCCACAAGCUUUGCUCGCUCGAAAAGAGAAGAGUUACGGAGUAGAGUAGAGAAGGAGGAGGGUGUAAGGAAAGGAAAAGGAGAGAAAGGAGUUCGCGGAGCUUGGAGAGAGAGGAAAAGGCCUUUUAAAGGAACAAAAUAACGGAGUGAUCGGCUCUUUCUUCAUCUUUGUCUUCUUCUACCACCACUACUACUAUUACUACUAUUACUACUAUUACUACUACUCUACUAUUACCUACUACUACACUACUACUACUUGUAUUUCUUCCUCGGACAAGUCCGAGAUCUUCCGUGAGUCGACGAGUGUCAGCAGCUAAGCCAGCAACACACGUACAAGUAGUAGAAAAACGCACACAGCGUACAACGUUUUUGGAGCUUCCAUCAAAAAGUAAUAAGAAAGCAAACAAAUAAAUAAACGAACGAACGAACAAAAAAAGAACGAAAGAAAGAACAGUACUAAUAACGGAGCAACGGAAACAACGAAAAACGGAGUGGUGUUCGCCCUUUUGCAAGAAAGCUUUCUCUCUCUCUUUCUCUCUCUUUCUCUCUUUCUCUCUCUUUCUCUCUCUCUCUCUCUCUUUCUUUCUCUCUUUCACUCCAAUAACUCUGACUCGUAGAUACGUACGUACGUACGUACGUACAUACAUACAUACAUACAUCAUCAGUUCGCACUUCUCCUUUAUUUCGCCGCAAAAUCUCUUCUAAAACCCAUCGCCGUGCAGAGCAGUAACAACAACAACAACAACAACAACAACAACAGGAGCAGUAGUAGCAGCGCAACAACGAUCAGUCUAGUUUCUGUUUGCUACGACUGAUACGUACAUACCUACCUACCAACCAACCGACCGACCGACCGACCGACCGACCGACCGACCGACCGAAUCGAUAACGAGAGCUAAUAAAGCGCACGGGCCGUCGAGAAUAAGCGCUUCGCGGUAUUCGGACGGGAAUAUAAGGACGCGCAACGUCCUCCGGAUCAUUCACGGUUCCCGUUAACGAAAGUCGUAGUCGAACGGAAGAAAGAAAAAGUUUCGCGAUAAUAAUCCCGCGGGAAUAAUAAUAAAUUACUACGAGGAGACACAAGCCACGUAUUUGUCCAAGAAGAAAUAUCGGAAAGGGAAGGAGGAAAGAAAACAAAGUUAUUCCAUUCGUCGUUUUCUACGGAAAGGAGAAUGGCAAUGGUCAAUAUGAAUAACCUACUCAAUGGCAAGGACUCGCGGUGGCUACAGCUCGAGGUUUGCAGAGAGUUUCAACGCAACAAGUGUACCAGGCCCGACACGGAGUGCAAGUUCGCUCAUCCACCAGCCAACGUCGAGGUGCAGAAUGGACGGGUCACUGCUUGCUACGACAGUAUCAAGGGCCGAUGUAAUCGGGAAAAGCCACCCUGCAAAUACUUCCAUCCUCCUCAACACCUUAAGGACCAGCUUUUGAUAAACGGACGGAAUCACUUAGCCCUGAAGAACGCGCUGAUGCAACAAAUGGGCCUAACGCCUGGUCAACCAUUAGUGCCUGGCCAGGUACCAGCAGUGGAGGCCCCGGCACCUCCGGCACCACACCAUCACCUUCAACAGCAAAUCCAGCAGCAACUUCUCGCUACCCACGCCUUUAUGGCAACGAAUCCGUACCUGACCGGUAUGCCGCAGGUGGGCAACGCGUACAACCCGUACUUCGCGCCCAGCCCGAUAAUGCCGGCGAUAAUGGGCCCGGCGGACCCGACGGGAGUCGGCAGCCCACUCGGCGUCGUCCCGCAGACGGUAGCGAUGCCGCAGAAGAUGCCACGUACAGACCGCUUCGAGGUAUGUCGCGAGUUUCAACGCGGGGCGUGCAAACGCGGCGAGACGGAGUGCCGGUUUGCGCACCCCCUCGAGACGGUGCAGGCGAACGAGGACGGCUCUGUGACGGUCUGCAUGGACGCUGUCAAGGGCCGAUGCAAUCGGGACCCCUGCCGCUAUUUCCACCCCCCUCUGCACCUUCAAGCCCACAUUAAGGCCGCACAAUCUCGGGCUAGCAUUGCGACGGCGACGAUGCCUACGAGCAUGGCGGGAAUGGGCGCACUGGCUGGUGGAAUGUCAGGAGUGCCGGCGACUGCGAUAUCCGGAGGACUUCAGGGCACAACAAUGGCGAGCAUCGAGCUCGGAAAGAAGCGGAUGCGCGACUCCAAUGACGAUCUGCUAAUGGUACCACGGCUUAUGCAUGAAAUGGACAUGAAGUCUGUUGGGUCGUUCUACUACGAGAACUUUGCCUUCCCAGGAAUGGUUCCGUAUAAACGACCGGCGGCCGACAAGUCCGGUAUGCCGGUCUAUCAGCCGACCGGCGCGACGACCUUAAUGCAGUUGCAGCAGCCCUUCGUGCCUGUGUCAUGUGAGUACACUGGAACACCACCCCUACCUACCCAAACCUCUAACCAAUCGGUCGUGCAACCCCCGAACGUGCAAAGCAACCACCACCACCACCACCACCACGCGGUGGUGCAGUCCUCCUCUUCCUCCCAGGGAACCGGCGGCGUCGCUGUCGGUAACUGCGCCGACGCCAACAAUGGCGUCCUCAUGGAUCCGUGCAACAAUCCGCCGCCGCCACCGCCGACAACCGGCGACAAUAACACUAGCGCUAGUAAUGCCGGUAACAAGCAGACCCUCGUUAAUGCCCAGAAUCAUGACGGCGAAAAUGCGCGUAACUCCCCCGAAUUGAAUCACUCGAGUCCGGCGAUACAGCAACAAGUUCAGCAACAAGCUCAGCAACAAGCUCAACAGCAAGCGCAACACCAGCAUCAACAGCAACAACACCAGCAACAACAGCAGCAGCAGCAAGCGCAACAACAGCAACAGCAACAACAGCAGCAAGCGCAACAGCAGGCUCAGCAGCAAGCGCAACAGCAGGCUGCUCAGCAGCAGGCUCAACAACAAGCUGCUCAGCAGCAGGCACACCAACAGCACCAACAGGCUCAGCAGCAGCAACACGCUCAGCAACAGCUUCAACAGCAACACCAACAGCAAAUGAAUCAGUUGGCAUUAUCGGCCGUACCGCCGUCUAUGAGUCCAUUGACGUCGAUGGCCGGGCUAACAUCUAUGCCCGGGGUCGUUAACAUGGCCUCAAUGGCCAAUAUGGUCAGCAUGGCAAACGUCUCCUCGAUGUCGAGCCUAUCAUCGAUGAGCAAUUACUCUGCCGCUAAUAUGGCGAAUCUGAACAUGUUGAAUACGCUCGGCAUGGCCGCGUCCGGAUUACCCACCCAUCUCGACGCAGCGACUCUGGCCAAGGAGGUGGCCCAGAAGAAUUACGCGAAAGCUAUUAAAUUGUCACAGGCUUCCCAGCCUUACGGUAUUAGUCAGCUUACGGCACUUAAUUACACCGGCGUCGCAUUGAACAAACAAACCUUGGUGAAUCCUGCGGGUGCUGCAGCCGCCGCGGCUGCGGCCGCGCCUGGUUCGGCUUUACAGGCUAGCGCUUUGCCCGGAAGUACUGGUACACCGAGACCGGUGAUCCCUGGACUGGCCGGUAUACCCGGUGCGCUGACGUCGCCACUUUCAGCCGGUAUACUCGCAUACUCGAGACCUCAGCCGACCGCCACACCUAUUAAUCCGUACUCUCUGAUCAGACAACAGAUCCUACCGAAUCCGUACGUCCAAGCCUCGAUACCCGGUGUACCUGGUGCGGCCGCAGCCGCGGUUCAGGCAUCUCCCUACGUUCAGAAUCCGUAUGCCGUUUUACCUGGUAUGGCUGGUGUACCUGCUGGCGUAGCUGCCGCGGCAGGUGUACCGACCGUACCUCAGAUACCGCAAAUCCCCAAUCCCGCGACGAUAGCGGCGCAACCGCAAGUCGCCAUACCGGUCAGCUCCGGCGUGAUCAUGCAACCCUACAAGAAGAUGAAGACUUCGUAAAGAGCGUCGCUUUUAAAGCUCCUUGGCUUUUCUCCGUAGCGAGAGGUCGGUCGUGCUCUCUUCUGGGCCAACUUCUUCUCCUCCUAUCUCUCUCUCUCUCUCUCUCUCUCGCUCUCGCUCUCCGUCUCUCUCUUCUUUCUCUACCUCUUUACUUCUCUUUUAGCUAUCUCUUUUCGCAAAAAAAGGCCCGAUCUAUCACUUUACCAUCGUCCGACUCUAGAAUCAGAAGCGUAAGUGCAAUUUUCGAUUAUUCUAAACAAGACGAAUCCUAUUAACCAAGAUAAAUUAUCUCUACGUUCGAACGCAUCUUUUUGAUAUAUAAAUGAAUAAAUAAGAUAAAUAAAUAUGUAUAUUACAUAUCUUUCUAUCUUUGGAAUCGUUAAUUUUCUCAAUCAUUAUUCGAGAGAGCGAGGAAAAAAAGGAAUAAAAAAGAGAGUAGGAGAAAGAGAGAAAGAGAGAG